ACCAAUUAGUCCACCAGCGACUCGUUGAAUUUACACCUAACCGGUCUUGUAGGACCGCUACCCCCAUCGCAUUGCACAUGCACUGCAGAAAUCCGGCUCCAGACAAUUUUUCAAUCUCUCUGUAUCUGUCCCUAGUUUCGCAGGGUUUCAACUCUCCUUGAAUCCUGCUGUAUAUCGGAAAGAAGUGAAAAAUUGAAGUUGUUUUUAUAUUUAUACAUCAUAAUCAGGUUGUGAUUACAAUUGUAUUGAGUGAUGAAUUUGUGAGAAAAUAAUGGGUGUAUUCUGCGGUGGCUUCCUCCGUGACACAUGGGCUCGUGCCACUGAUCGUUGCUUCCGCUUUUUUCCGUGCCUUUCUGAUUCGGAUCGGAGAUCUACUUUAUUUUUGAAGGUGGCUUUGGUGACGCUCCAUCUGAUUUUUCCCGGGGUUUUAUUUGCUUUUGAUAAGGAUUUGAUUGACAGAACCAGAGAAGACCCAUGGUACACUGCAAUAUAUUUGUUAUUGUUCAUUGCUACGCUGGCUCAGUAUUUCAUCACCUCUGGAACGUCUCCUGGCUAUGUACUUGAUGCGCAGAAGGCUGUUGAUGAGAGAGAUGCUUUAGUUAGAAGGACAUCAUUGGAUUCGAAACAACCAGCUUCAAGCAAGAAUGGCAGUGUUGUUAUCACAGUGGACCAGAACCAAUCAGGCAGGAAUUAUCAGAGAAGUAAUGUAACAGCUUGGACAAAGCUAGUGAUGGAUUUGUACCCUCCAGGAUCAUCUAUUAGAAAUUGGACGUGCCCUUCCUGCAAUGUUGUGCAGCCCCCACGAGCAAAGCAUUGUCAUGAUUGUGACAAGUGUGUUCUUCAAUUUGAUCAUCAUUGCGUUUGGCUUGGGACAUGUGUAGGACAGAGAAACCAUUGCCGGUUUUGGUGGUACAUUCUAGAGGAAACAGCCUUGUGCCUUUGGACUAGCAUCUUGUACAUUGUCUACCUCAAGUCUAAUAUAUCAAAAGCAUGGUGGAUUGAUGUAAUCAUGAUUUUGCUUUUGGGUACCUUGUCAAUUUCUUUGAUCUUUCUACUGCUGCUGCUCCUUUUUCAUUGCUACCUUAUUGUGACUAAUCAAACCACCUAUGAAGUUGUAAGAAGGCAGCGCGUACCAUAUUUAAGGGGGGUUCCUCAGAGAGUUUAUCCAUUCAGUAAAGGACUUUGCAGAAAUUUGUACGUAUUCUGUUGUGCGCGAAACAGCCUUCUGCAGAUGGAACCAAUGCCAUCUGUUCAAGAGCUCGAAGAGAAGUCGAGACCUUACACAUGCCUGGACGUUUUAUCUUGUCAUUGCUGCUGAUGAAUCGAGCCAUGUAAUUUUCCUUAAAAAAAAAUCUUAGACUUUUUGCAGACCUUCAUGUUGCAAUUCAUACACACGUCAAUAGACAUGCCACUGGAGAGAAAAAGGUGUUACCAUUCAACUACUUUUUGAGUUGAGAACGUGUUGUUGGCACCAAUGACAAGGACAUGAUGUUUGAUUGAGAGUGAGUAUGCCAUAUACAUUGUUGUAAUAUUAUUGAGAUAAAAAAAUAGAGAUUGUUCCAAAAUGUUGUGUGGUGGGGGAAGGGACUUUUGAGCAUGUUUUGUUGUGCUUAAAAGUACGUCGAAAAUACUUUUUAAAUGACUUAUUUGUCAAAGAUCAUUCUUGAAGUUACUUUUCCUAUUUGUAACAUCUGAACUUUAUCUUUUCA